UACUGUGGGUCAAGUAACACUUAAAUUUAUUUUAUCAGUAGAACCCGGAAGAAAAUUUCGUCAUGUAAUUGAUUUUGAAAACUAAAAUUUAAACUAAUUUUAGAAAAUUAUUUAUAUAUAAAAAACUUAAUAUCAAUAACAUUUCCCACAGCAUUGUUUUUUCUGACCCGAGAUCAUAAUUAAUGGUCGAUCAUGUGAUUGAAUAGCCCCGAGAAAUAUGCGUUUCAGCUGGACGAAUAUACACAAACUAUUUAUUUAAUCCCAUAAAGUUGCUUAUGUUAGUUGUCCGGUGGUUCUUGGUGGUACCACAUCAAUUCUAAAUCGAACUCAGUUAUUGGCCAACCAUGCUGCUGUGUGUGCAGUUUUUGUUGGUGGCAGUCCUAUUUUUGGGAGCAGAAUGCCACCUCAGCGAAGAAGAGAUGAAGAACUACUUGGCGACAACGUACGAAAAAGAGAUGACGUCGGCCUGUUACAAAAUUAAUGAUGCCACAUUUGCUUUCAACACCGAUAUCAAGAACAAACUUAAAGAGCAAAUAGUUUUAAAUACAACUUUGGAACAAGCAGUAAAAAGUAAAAAAAUAUGGGAGGACCAUUUUAAAGGUGUGAACCCUAAUGAUUACAAGGAUCCAGUUCUGCGCAGAAAACUUAAAAAACUGGUGAUUUUGGGGGCUGAAAUUCUUGAACCCAAAAAGUUAGAAGAAUUGACCAAUGCAAUAAACAGUAUGACUUCUACAUAUAGUACAGCAAAAAUAUGUCCAUUCGAUAAGCAAAAGUGUGAUUUAGACAAAGAAGGUUUGAAUCUGGAACCAGGAAUGGAACAGAUAUUGAGUAAGUCAAGAAAUUAUGACGAAUUAACGUACGUAUGGAAAGCUUGGAGGGACGCCUCUGGGAAAAAAAUGAGAAACACCUAUAAAACUUAUGUGGAACUAUCGAACGAAGCUGCUCGAGCUAACAACUUCAGCGAUGCUGGUGCUUUAUGGAGGGACGAUUACGAAGACGAAGAUUUUGUAAAACACGUGGACGAAUUGUGGUCUCAAGUAGAACCUCUGUACACGGAACUCCACAAAUUCGUGGGUCGUAAGCUGAAGGCACGCUACGGAGAUAAACUGGACGACUCAGACGGUCUCCUUCCCGCACAGCUCUUCGGCAACAUGUGGGGACAAACUUGGGGUAACAUCGCCGAAUUGGUGCUUCCUUAUCCUAACGCCAGCGCCCUGGACGUCGAUGAGGCCUUCAAACAACAGGGUUACGACGCUUUGAAGAUGUUCGAGUCCGCCAACGGUUUUUUCAAAUCGCUCAACUUGAUUUCCAACGAAAGAUGUUAUGACACGUCCAAAGGAGCCAUGAUUGAAAAACCCACCGAUGGUAGAGAAGUCUUGUGCCACGCCAGCGCUUGGGACUUCUGUGAUGGCGAGACUUACAGGGUAAAAAUGUGCACGGACGUUAAUUUGGAGAGCUUCCUUGUAAUUCAUCACGAAAUGGGCCACAUCGAGUACUUCCAAUUGUAUAAAAAACAACCAAUAACAUUCAGGGAGGGGGCCAACCCAGGUUUCCAUGAAGCUGUUGGAGAUACAAUUUCUUUGUCAGUUUCCACCCCAAAACAUUUGUCCAAAAUCAACUUACUGCAGAAUUACACCAGCAACAAGGAAAGCGAUUUGAACGCACUGAUGACGAAGGCCUUGGAUAAAGUAGCUUUCUUGCCAUUCGGACUUCUGAUUGAUAAGUGGAGGUGGGACGUGUUCAGCGGGUCGGUUCCUCAAGAUCAAUGGAACUCGCACUGGUGGAAGCUGAGGAACAAGUAUCAGAAGCUCAAGGCACCAGUACCAAGGUCCGAAGAGGACUUUGAUCCCGGUGCGAAGUUCCAUGUUGCCGGUGAUUCACAAUAUAUAGCAUAUUUUGUGGCUCACAUUUUGCAAUUCCAAUUCUAUAAGAGCUUGUGUAUAGCAGCAGGAGAAUAUAAUCCUGAAAACAAAUCUGUUCCUUUACAUGAAUGUGAUUUUUACAACUCUGUUGCAGCUGGUCAAAAAUUGAGAGACGGUUUAUCUUUGGGUUCAAGUGUGCAUUGGAGCGAAGUACUGAAAGUUAUGACCGGUGAAGACAAACUUAACGCUGGUCCUUUGAUGGAGUAUUUUGAACCCUUAUACCAAUAUCUGAAAGAGGAAAAUUCCAAACCUAUCACAGCCUAAUUUUGUGCAAGCAAUUUUCAUUUGUACUUAUACACUUUUAGUAAAAAAUAUUUAAUUUUUU